CCUCUACCCGGUUCUUCUGUUAAAAUCUUAUAAAAGGAGACAACUUCUUUCUUCAACUCUCUUCUUCAGACUUCUAUAUUUCAUCACAGAAUCCUAGAUUACACCUUGGCUGACAAAAACCAGACAUCAACUUGAGCCCCUUUCUCGGCAAUACCAAAAACACAAAGGAGCAUCGCGCACCCUCAAAAGCCUACAAAUACCACAAAUCAAUCAUUCCAAGCUACCAUCUAGACACCACAAUACCCCAAAAUCCUUCUAUCACACACCAUGGCUGCUUCCCUGACCAUUCUGGAAGUCGAUCACGCUAUGGCGGAUCUUGACCAAACUGAGAUCUGCCAGCUCAAGGAUGCUCUGGACCGAGCUGAAGAUAUUAUCAAUUGCCUUGAGGAGCUAAAAGAUGUCGACCAGACGCAAAUAGUCCAGCUACAGGCCCAUAUCGACGAGCUGGGGAAGACGAUCGAGGGUUUACAAGAGGAGAACAGUCGUCUCAAGGAGCAGAACCAGGAAAUUCUCGGCAAUACCCAAGAGCCCUGCCAGCCGGUUCAGGGGUCUUCUUCCCAUCAUCGAUUCGACAUCAGCCGUACGGCUAUUUUGGCCGUGGCCUCAGAGUCCGCCUCAGCACCCUCUGACGAGGAUGUCGCUGUCGAUAUGGAAAACUUGAAUAUGGACGACGCCGUUAAGGACGGCUACCUCUCUGUUUCUGACAGCGGAUUCGAGGAUGUUAGCUCCGAGACCGGUUCCGAUUCUAUUUGA